ACAAGCCCCUGACCGUCGGACACCGUCAUUUGUCGUCUCGGACUAGGGUUAGGGUUUGCAAUUUCCUCGCCACCAAUCAAGCACAAAUUUAGCAGCCUAUCUGUAACUCACAAAACCGUCGAACGAGUUCAGCCUUGUGGGUGUGCGUGGAGCGUAUUUUGACAGUAGGUUUGCGGGAGUGAUGCCUAGAAAAACUACGGAGCCGCCCAAGAAGCGGGCGAAGGUUGAACAGCCUGCAGGUGAACAUACCGCAAGCAUCCAGGAUAUUGGCCAAGUUCUGCGCACACAGAACCCAGAUACUUUGGAUAAAGCGUUGCCUACUUUGCGCUCGAAGCUGUAUCAACGGCCAGACGAGAUCAUAUCCCCCCAGGACGAGCGUCUUCAGCUGCUGAAAUCAUGGCUAGACGAGUCGCCUGGCGCUAGUGAUUUAUUCAAUGCUUGGGAGAGAGCGAGCCAGCUUCCUACGAUAGCCUUGUUGGUCACUAUAUUGUCUUCGGCCCUCACACUGCUAUCAUCUCAUUUGCCGUACCACUCGUAUGGUCUUCCACUUAUCCGGACGUCGUUGUCGACACACUGGAUCCGGCGGCUGAGCACUUACAUUGGUGGAUCACACAACGACGUUAUCCUUGCUACACUCAAACUUUUCAAUGCAAUAUCUACAUUUGGCGGUGGCCGCGAGAGGAAGGCUGUUUUCGAAGCUUUCCCUUGGGACAACAAGACGCUACCAAAAUUACUGCACAUGCGGCGUAGAAAUAAAGGCAUGGAUGCCAGUGUCAGCCUUUCCAAACCAGAUAUUCGCACACUUUACAUCCUGUUUAUCCUCUCAUUCGUGGAUAGAGACUCACCUUCUUCCGUCAAAACCGCCUUUUUGGAGCAGCGCCGGGAGUUUUUCUUGAGUAUCUUCAAGGGUCUUAAUCAAGAUCCCUAUCUGGUCAUUCAAAGGGUUCUGCAAGUAUCUUGGGACGGACUCUGGUCGGACCAGAAAGUCAAGCGAACACUGAAGAUCGGGGUCUUCGGCGAAGCUACUCUCUCUCAUCUCGUCAAAUUAUACGAUCGCGCUGUCCCUGAAAAAGAAGGCGAAAUUCACAUCCCCGCUGACGUUGUUCACCAUUUCUUACUGGCUAUCUGCUCUCGACCUGGCCAGGGAAUAUGCUUUGAAGACCGUGGCUGGUACUCUCGAGAAGCAGAAGAGAGUGUGCCUGAUGAUGAGGGAGGUACCACUGAACGCAAACGGGGUGGCUCGAGCAAAGUUCACAACAAGAUUUUGGCAAACUUUCUACCGACUCUGAAGGUCAACGAAGACCCUAGACAACAGGAGCUUGCUUUGAAAAUAUUCUUAGCAUCUCCCGAGCUGGUCGCAGGGUAUUGGUCGGCCGCUGCACUUACCUUGGAACCGAGACUGUCGUCCAAGUGGAUUAGCAAUAUUUCCUUCUCAGGGCAGGUAAUUUCUCAAGCGGUGCCCACUUCUUCAUUUCUUCUGUCUGGCACAGCUGAAUACAGUCCCAUUCCACCACCACUCUCGACCAUAAUGGCAAAUAUACUGCCGCCAGUUGGAACCAAAGCUCAUUUCACUAAGGGUUUACAGGUUGGGGCAGCUGGCCUUGUACAGCAUUGCACUGCACUCACUCUCGCCAAGUGCUUGAGAAAGCUGGCAGAGGUGGCCCGUAUCUUCGAAAGAAUAAUUGCUGUCCUAGAAGAGGAUGAGGAAGGAGGUCAGUGGAGCCAACGGCGGAAGGAAGUUGAAAAGGAGGCUAGGAGGCGAGUACCUGAAUUUCAGGUCAUCGUCGCCUUUUCGCAGCAACACAUAAGCUUGCCGAAUGCUCCAAACACUUCUAAACAUGCUCUGUUGAGUGAAAUUUCGCAAAGAGUGCUAUGGCUCUAUCAAGAAUGUCUCCCUGAUGUCGUGGCCGAAGCAAGAUUCGAAGUCGGCAAGUUAGUGCUUACUCUUGCUGAGGGAUCACUGAUGCCACUUCCUGAGGAUGGGAAGAGCAACACUACAGACCAGGUCCGGUCGCUUUCCCCAUUACAGAAAGUAAAACAGUUGCAUGUCUUACGUCUGCUAAACAAAAGUGACCAAUUCACAUGGAGUGGAAAGAUCGAAGCCUUGUCUACCACCAGUGUCUGUGCUUUGCAUACCACACUACACGAACUUCUACAACACGUCCUUGCUGCGAGCGUGCUUUUCCAGGAGGAUCCCGCUGAAGUGGAUUUAUGGUUAGUGUCGCUACCCUCGGGUAUCGUCUGUCGAGGACCGGGCACUGAGACGCCAGAUGGUGCACCGCUUACCGACGAAGUCGACAGUGUGGUGACCUUUCUCGAUGAAUGCACGCAACGAUGUUUAAAGACACCCUACCGUUAUAUGGAAGCGAUGGCCGGUCUUCUCCAGUCGAACGAUGCACCUAGUCCAGACGCUGCGUCUGUGGAUGCACAGGUCGAGGCAGUUGCUAGUCCGUUGUUGAUGACUGUUUUCGAGCAGAUCCAGGCAAAGAUAAACGGGCGGUUGAUGUCACCAUCUGAUGCCUUGUCAGUCUUCACCUUUGUCAGACGGUUGGUCUUCAAGCUAGCAAGCAAACAAGAAGAAACUGGGUAUCCUGAUAACUUUUUCGAGAACCACCCUAGUAUUAGAGGAGCCAUACGCCGUGAGCUAUCCAUCGCGACUGCUUGUCUCAAGCACCCAGAGACGGGGCCCUGCUCUAUCGCGAGGGGGAGAGCAGAUACCGGUGCUGUCGAGGUCUUCCUUGACCGCGUUGAACAAAUGCCUGUCCCCGAGAAUGAAAAUGCUCGAAUGACCGGUGCGUAUGAACUGGUUGAUUGGGUUCGUUUGGUAGACGUCCCUCCUACGCCCACGGACAUAUCCCGCCUAGCACUCGUCAUCUGUCGCUUCCACAAGCCUACGCUCAAGGCUCUGGUGGACGUUUUAUCCCCUUCGGAAGGCCAGUUGUGGGAGUCGAACAUUCUGGAGGUCCUAGAGGAAGCUCACGUUGAAGUUGACUUUGAUUGGUUAUUCGUCCAUUGCUCCAGCGUGCAAUUCGGGGAUAGACAGUCUCGAACGAAACUGCUACGUGCGCUAUUCUCACAGAAAAUUACACUUUCUGACGUCGAGAGGGCGAUGCAGCUCGUGUUGCAUGGUAUCGUUGGUCCGGACGGCCGGACAGGCCUGACGAGGGAUCUGUUACUACUUCUUCUUGAACUAUUUAGCGGAGCGCCAGCCAGCCUUGGAAGUCAGGACGUGCUAAACCUUGAAAGCGACGAAGUUCACGAUGCCCUUCAGAAUUUCAUACAAGUGGCGUUCAACCCCUCCAGUUUGGAUGACAAGAAGGCUUUGGCCCCAGUAGCUGCUCAGUGGGCCGAUUCUGUGAAGGAAAUGCUUUCGUCUGGGCAACAUGACAAGCUGAGGUUGGCUAAACCAUGGAUUAGGUUCAUGGAACUGUCGGAGCUCCAUGCUGCAUUAGAUCUGAUCGAAACCUCCCAAGAACAUGGCCCCGUCAUUCAUGAGUUUUUGGAGGAGCUUCUCUCUGCGGUGAAUCAAUCACAGUCAUCCAACAACGAGAGUCUCGCGGAAUUUCCAAUCGCACGGUUGCUGGGUCUACAGAAACAGUUACCUGAGUCUCCUCUCUUAGAGGGCAUGAUCGCAAAGUCUUUGGCAUCUCAGCUCCCGGUUGUUCAUGACGGUGUUCUAUCUGCCUCGCUAUGCUUCGAGGGACUGGCGUCGUUGCGUCUGCCACGACACAAUCACUUAACCUCUCUUCCACCCGAUUUGAUUUCGCAGUUUCUAGGGAGAGAAACGUGGUCAGACUCCACAGCUCAGAUAGUCGCCAUGCUGCUUUAUGCACGAGCGUCUUCUUCCGCCGCUGUCGUCCAUUGGCUGAACAACAAGAAAUAUGAUCGACUCUCUGCCGAUCACCUUGCCAUAACAUUCGCGGCGUUCCUUGAUUGCCCUGAAUCUGACAGGGACCAGGUGAUCCAACUGGAUGAUGACAUAUUCUGCGGACUUCUGGAACAACUCCUUUCUGAGUGGCCGGGUCCUGGCGAGCGGAGAUUACGACGUCUUCAGUGCGUAUGUUAUGCCUUGCAGCAAGAUUCUCAACGAAGGCAUCACUUGUCAACAUUGCUGCAGCAAAAGUUGCGCGUUUUCCCACUGGAAAGUUUCUCAUUCGAAGCUAUGUACAUCGUGCGCCGCGUUUUGGCGGUCGCCAGUCUCGUGGAUCGUGUUCUCCAGUGGGCUGUUCGAUACAUCUCCAACAGUGACCAUGAUCAUUACUCUCGGAAUGCUCUCGAGCUUCUCACAAAUGUCUCCAAAACUAACCUCAAACUUAAAUCACAUCUAGUUGAACCAUUGUUAGGUGUCAUCGUCAAAGCAGUUUCACUUUUGGAGAAUACCGAUCUUAAGCCUGUCGUUGUCAACAGACUGUUGCAGAACAUCAUGCAGCACGAGAAUUUCUUCAAGUUUUUGGGUAAAGAUGGCUCACCAUCACAAAGAGACGGGAUAACCCGUUUGCUGGAUAGACUAUUCCGCCUUCAUCCCGCCAAUACGUGCCACCCAUCACACAUAGAACCACUCGUGCAGGUGUAUGGGGGAACCAUGUCUACUUCAGACCGGCGGCUGUUGUCUAUUAUGAGGCUCUUUGAGGCGGAAAAGCGUACCUCGAUUUCACCACAAAACUUGGAUCCUGUCAGGAUGCUGCGAACAUGUUUGUUCUUCCCUGGAUGGAGGCGGUUUGUGAAGGAGAAUCCGAACGACGAGCACAUGUAUGACCCAAUACUCGUCAUCGCCAUCUCUGCGCAGAUGCUCUCGGAGUCUCCGCCAACAACAGCAGCUUGCAUGGUUAGCUUGCUCAUACGCUGCCUGUCCUCGAAGGAUGUCAACAUACGAGAGGCGGCCGCAUGCCAGCUAGCCAUGGUUUCCGACGGUAUCCAGAAAUCGAGCAUGCAAGAGAAGUCUCAAGCUCUUUAUGUACUCCAGCUCCUCAGGAACGUGAUGAACCCCACUGCGGACAAUACGCCCAGGCGCCUCCCGACAUACGCGACGCUCAUAUUGCUCCACGCUCUCCGAGGGAUCUUUUACCCCUCCAACUUCAUAUACCCUCGCACGGCACGAUUCCUGCUACAACGCCCAGAGCUAGAUGUCACCGACGUACCGAUGUUGUUUAACAUGCUCUAUAGCAACUCGGAUGACUGGAAAAAGGAGCGAGGAUGGAUGAUCAGAAUGCUAGCAGAUGGUAUGACGAGCACCGAGGACUGGCGCGUUCUAAAGCGUCGGCACACAUGGGACCUCCUUGCCAGCUUGUUCCAGAGCUAUCAAAAGGACAAGGCGCUGCGAGCUGGGAUUCUUGAAGUUCUUGCGAAUCUUACAUGUAAUGCCCAAGCGUGUGGCUCUUUGAUACUCAAGUCUGCAUUGCUGCCAUGGAUCGAAAUACAGCUUAUGCACGGACACGAUGGAGAAACGAUAGCUUGGCUGAGGAUUUUAGAGAAUAUCGCAGUCAUCGCAGAUAUUUCCAAGUUGCGGCGUGCGAUGGGUGUGGAAUGGUUUACUAUCAUCUGUCGCAGCCUGAGCUGUAUUGUUCAAACGUCCGGGGACCGAGACAUCGGUACCCUGAGCCAAAUUGCAGCGGUCGUUUUGCGUUUGAGCUUGUUGGAAGGAACGGCGAAGCACUACCUCGAGCAGGUGUUGAGGCACGCUGUUACUUACCUCAAGAAAGUGGAAUCUCAAACCCGACUCCACACUCCCAUACAACCAGAGACAGCGUUUUUCUCGCCGCCAAAAAUUGCCAACCCACCUCAUGGUGCCCAAGGCCUGCAUCUUAUACCUACUGUGACGGACCCCUUUGGGGCAUGGGGGUUGGCUGUAGAAGCGCUCUGGCGUGCAGGCAUGGUUCUGGAUCACAGAGUUCCUGAGUGGGAUAUAUUAACAAGCAGAUUAUUGAUAUGGCGAGGGGCUGCAGGAGAUGAUGGUAGCCAGCUUGGGGAAUGGGUUAGAAAAGAAAGUAUUCGUGCCACACGAGCACAUUCAUGACCACUAGUGAUUGGAUGUGUAGCGCUACAGAUACGAACAAGACGCUCUCAUAUGCGAGGGUUCUUUCACAGUCUUGUUGCAUGCCUUGAAUGGCGAGCUAAGAUGUCGAUUACAGACUGACUUAACUUCUCUGGGGCAUGCUGAGGGACCAGGUGUCCUACACCAUUGAUACGGUGGACUGUUUCAAAACGCCUUCCAGAAUUAGGAUCCACAAGAGUAUCCUGUACUGAGCGCGGCAUCCAGUCGUUUUUGCCGCCAAAUAUAACACUGACAGGGAGGUAU